AUGUAGGCCGCGCGCUUGCUGCGCUCUUUCCUGAGCGGGAACGCGCCCUGCACGAGUUCGUGUGUCCGCGCGAGACUUUCGUGUGCGCGAGACCAACCGAAGCUAACGGCUAACACCUCACCGUUAAACACCUCACCAGCCAAUUCAGCGUAGGUUUACCGUGUAAAUAAACACACUGACCACAUUUGUGCGUGUCUGCGUCACGUUUUGCGCAGUUUAGAAAAGCGUUAGUGGUGGCUGUGUCUCAAAGUCUAACAAGCUGCCUAUCUAGGACGCAUUGUUAGACAUUACAAGCAAGCAGUCCAGCCAAUGAGUGAUCAUGUCUGGAGUGAAAAGGAAAAUAGAGGACAAAGAUCCUGACUAUGAAGACAUCACUCAAGUGCAGGAGAACAAGAGGAGUAAAGUGGUGGAGCAGAAUGCCCGUGAAGCUGCGGUGCAGAAGAUUGAAGCGAUCAUCAAGGAUCAGUUUUCUCUGGAGAUGAAGAAUAAAGAGCAUGAGAUCGAGGUUAUCGGGCAGAGGUUGAAUGAGGCCAGGAGAAUGAUGGACAAGCUCAGAGCGUGCAUUGUCGCAAACUACUAUGCCAAUGCUGGCCAGCCUAAAGUUCCUGAGGCCUCUAAAAGUGACCCAUCUGUGCUGAACCACCCUGCCAUAAAACGCUUCUUGGAUUCUCCCUCCCGCUCCUCCUCUCCACUGAACCAGAAUUCAGAGACACCAUCACAGGUCCAGUCAGAGACCGAGUCCCUCAGCCAACAUGGGGAGGCUGGGGAGAGGGAGACAGACAGUGGGAGAGAGGACGGCGCUCCACGUGAACGCCGACCCGGCAGGAACACAGGAAAAGACACAUUUGGUGUGCCAUCAUCCUUAGAGCAGCAUGUGACUUACCACACUACAGGAGAUGAGGCUUCUCGGCUCUACAUGAAGAAAACCAUUGUUGUGGGCAACGUAUCCAAGUAUAUUGCCCCUGAUAAACGCGAGGAGAACGAUCAGUCCACUCAUAAAUGGAUGGUGUAUGUUCGAGGUUCUCGCAAAGAGCCCAGUAUUGAUCAUUUUGUGAAGAAAGUCUGGUUCUUCCUGCACCCCAGCUACAAGCCCAAUGACCUUGUGGAAGUCAGUGAGCCACCGUUCCACCUGACCCGUCGAGGGUGGGGAGAGUUUCCUGUCCGUGUGCAGAUUCACUUUAAAGACCAACGGAACAAACGUAUUGACAUCAUCCACCACUUAAAGCUUGACAGAACAUACACAGGUUUACAGACUUUGGGAGCUGAAACGGUGGUGGAUGUUGAGCUCCACAGAAACUCACUAGGUGAUGACUUCAUCCCCUCUGCUCCCUCAUCUUCAUCAUCAUCAUCCUCAUCUUCCUCUCAUCUGCCGUUUGUGGGCGGGUCUGGUUCUUCCUCCACAGCUGGCCAAAGCUCUCGGCGGCCCUCCUCUCACUCUCUGCACACUCAUGAUGAUCAGCCCAGCUCAGACAGAGUUCCAGGUGUGUCUGUCAAGAGUGAGUUGGUGCGAUCUUCAUGUUCUGAACGAACUUCACAGUCAAAUAGGUCUGAGAAAAUCACCCUUGGUUCCCACGGAAACUCAGCUUUUCAGCCAAUCACAGCCAGCUGUAAGAUAAUUCCACAAGGGCAAGUGCCCAGUCCCGCCGAAUCACCUGGGAAAUCAUUUCAGCCGAUUACGAUGAGCUGCAAGAUUGUGUCUGGUUCUCCUAUCUCCACCCCUAGUCACUCUCCUCUCCCCCGGACAUCAUCAUCCACGCCAGUACACAUGAAGUCCAGCCCCUCAGUCAUAAAUAACCCCUACAUUAUCGUGGACAAACCAGGCCAAGUUAUUAAUAUGGCUGCGUCGACAUCUGCAGCUACAGGCAGUCCGACGGCUAAGCAGAGCAGCACAGCCCAUGGUGCUCGAUCGCCUGCUCCUAAAGUUCACACCAGCAGCUUCCUGUCCUCUGGGGUCAAGGUUAUAAUCAAGCAAGAACCAGGAGAGGUGCCAACCCAGCUGUCACCACAGCAACAGGUCGUUUCCACAGCAGCUUCCCAGCAGCAACAACAGUAUGUGACAGUGAAGGGUGGUCACAUGAUAGCCAUGUCGCCGCAAAAACAGAGUGGGGCAGGGACUGGAGCUGCCACACCCAGCAAGGUUUUGGGGAUUCCACUGGGCUCUGCUGUCAAACAGGUCUCUGUGAGCAGCGGGCAGAUCUUGGUUGCUAAGUCCAGCCCCUCUGUGUCCAAAGUGGUGGGCCAAAAGCAAGUGGUAGCACAGGGUGUCGCUAAAGCAAUCGUCAGUGGAGGAGGCAGCGGUGCAAGCGGCAUCACGGGACAGCAGGUGCAUGCUGUUACCAAGGCAGCAAGUGGGUCUGGAGCAAGUGGCAAGAGUGGAGUUAUGGCCACCUUACAACUGCCAGCAAAUAACCUGGCAAACCUGGCUAAUCUGCCUCCGGGCACCAAACUCUACCUGACCACCAACAGCAAGAACCCAUCGGGCAAAGGCAAACUGCUACUGAUCCCACAGGGAGCCAUUCUGAGAGCCUCACACAGCGCAGGCCAGCAGUCUCAGAGUUCUGGUUCUGGAGGGUCACAUUCCUCCAGUGGGUCCUCAGGGUCUGGCAGCCUGCCUUCCAACUUAUCCUACACUUCUUAUAUCCUCAAACAGACUCCUCAGGGCACGUUCUUGGUUGGCCAGCCAGGGGGCUCUGGGAAACAGAGCUCUGGUGGUCACGUGGCAUCCAGUCCUGCAUCCAGUACCCAGCAGGCCAUUCGGGUCACAGCUGGACAGAAGGCAGCCAUAUUGGCUCAGGUGUGUAACAAAGUGGUGGGUGGGUCUCAAGGUUCUCAGGUGAAGCUGUCAGAUGGUUCAGUGAAGAUGGUAACAGCUGCCGCAGCAAGUCACCUGAAUAAGCCUGGCACAACAACCCUGAGAAUGACGGGAGGUGUCAUCACUGCCACAAGCUCCACCCCAUCCACACCCAGUGCCACACCCACCUCUCAACAGUCAGCAGAAGCUGCUGUGCACCCUGUGCUUGUAGCUGCCAAUCAAGCUGCAGUGAUCAGUGCGGCCAAGAGUGCCAGCUCUGCCGCCAACACAGCAAAGAGUUCUGCCUCUGGCACCGGUGCGGUUGUCACAGUCGCAAAGAGCGUCAACAUGCCUCUCAUUAGCCUGUCGAAGGGUGCGGGGUCGUCUGUUGUGGGCGGGGCCAAAAGCUCCAGCCCAUCACUGGUUACUACAGCGUCACUGAUAGGUGGAGGUACGGUCAGCGGGAAAACUGCUGCCACCAUCUCAGGUAUGUUGAAGUUGCAUCCAGCUCAGUCCAGUUCCCAGCAGACAGUUCUCACCAUCCCAGCCAAUCAGCUAAAGCAACUCAGCGUGGGCAGUGGUUCCUCAGGGCUGCAGACCAUUUUGAUGCCUGUCGGCAAAGUCAUGCAAUCUGGUGCUAAAGGUGCUUCUAGUAGCAACACAACCACGAUUGGAGCUCCUUCCUCAGCAUCCACACCUGUAGCUCAAGUUAAAACUGAACCAGGUUUGGUUAGCUCCACUUGUACGGCUCCAGUACCCCAAACAUCUGCCCCAGCCUCUACAGCACCCUCCUCUGGUCCCCUCCCGACAACCCCCGCAUCCACAGACGAAGCUGCUACUAUUAAAGUAGAACAAGGCAUAGAAUCUACAGCUCAUGAACUUAUCAAUAUGGAGCACAUAGAGAACAUGACACAACUUCUGACGGCCAUCGUGAAGAAAUUUCCUCUGAUUGUUCCUGAGAAAAAUGAGGACUCUCAUCCGUUCUGUGCCACCUCUGUGGAUCAGUACUACUCAUGGAACAUUGGCAAACGCAGAGCUGCAGAGUUGCAGCGAGCAGUGGCUGUGCGCCGUGUGUGUGCUGAUCUGUUAGAAAGGACCCCUCGGCUUCAGGCCCUCACUCCACCCAGAACUAAAGAGGUGCUCUGCUGGUGCCGUCUUCGUGGUUACACACCCCCUGACCCUGAACCUCAGCGCAUAGAGGAGGACUCCAUCGAGGACAUACUUACACAGAUCGAUAGUGAACCUGAGUGCAGCUCAACUCUGACGGGCUGUGAGGAGUUGUCACAACGUCUGGAGCAACUUCAGAGGAUUCUGAAGGCGGAGCCUGAUGAGGAGGAUGAUGAGCUUCUUGACAUCAUCAGUGUGAAAGACAUAGAUGCUGCCAAGGUCAAAAUCAAACUGGAACAGGAAGAGGCCGAACAGGAGCCCAAGUUCUUCUUGGGGCGCUGCCCAUCAACCCAGUUCAUCAGAGACACGACAGAGCAGAUCGGCAUCACACUGCAGCAGGUGGAGGUGGAGAAGAACGUUUUUGCUCCAGUCAUGGAGACCAUGAUUCUUAAGGCUGUGGAGCAGUUUGCCAGUGAAAUCCUCAGGGAGUCUUUGGCCAAUGCCCAUGGGAAAUCCCAACAAAACAGAACUCCGAGAGAGAUAUCGGCUAUGGAUGUGCAUCAGGCCAUUAGCUCUAUUCCCACUUGUGAUUUUCUGACUAAUAGGUACAUGGGCAUCAUGGUGAAGGAUGAAAGCCACGCUGACUAACUUCACUCCUUGGCAUCCGACUACAGACGGACAGGCGGACUGUCAUACACCGUCUCCUCCCCCUCACAUUCUGUAAAGGUGAAGAAUGUGCGAGGGCUGUCCAAUCACAGGUGCAAAUGCCCUCUUACUUGCCGUUGUCAUAAUAAAAGUAAGCCAUUAUUUCGACAACAGCUGUGUUAUCUAUGAGGGUACUGAACCCAAACAGAGCUUGAUACGUCGCCUGAACAGCAUUUGUUGCGUAUGGCUACAUCACUCUUAUUUAUUUGUUUUUUUUUAUGCUUCAUUUAUGAAUUCUGUGAUAUUUAUGAACUCUGGUCCAGUAUAUGUAACAGUACAGUACAGUACAGUGUUAAUGAGCAGGUACAGUGAACAUUAUUCUAUUAUUGUACUUUUUUACUGGGACACUCUGCUAAUGAAACCCCGGAUCACAUUAAUUAACCUGCUUUGCCAUUGACACGGAGCUUGUUUAGCUUUUGUUUGUCUUAUAGGCAUAGUUCACCCGAAAUAAUUUACUCACCCUCAUGUUGUUUAUAAUGGUGACAGAACUUCAGUUUUAGGCAUUUCUUUAAUCAGAAGUGCAGACAUUAAAUGAGCCACUGAACAAUUAAUCGUACUGUUUUUCUGUGCUGAAAUGUCAUUAUCGAGCAGGAUUUAUUUGGUGAAGCUGAUUAGUUUCAUAUGAAAUCAUCCGUUCAUUGUCUUUUUAAUGGGUCUUAUAUGAGAACUUUGGGUGGAGAUUAAAUGUCCAUUUUGAGUUGCACGUUUUCAGUAGGGCAAAGAAUGUCUAAGAAAAGUCUUAAUCGUGUUGUUUUCAUAUGAAUGCGAGUCAUUUUCUUACAGCUGUGGGAUUUAUGAAGGAUUGAACAGCAGUGAGUGUGAAAGUUUAUUUCUUUUUUGUACCGUUUCUGUCAUUUGGGGCAUUGAGGAAAAAUGUGCAGAUAGACAGGAGGCAUUUGUAUAUUUGCUAAAACAAACUGUUGAUUGUGUCCUCUGGUUUGGUGGGCUGCUUUGUGUCAUACAACUAGCAUCUGUGUCCUUGUGUUUAAACACAUCAAGAAACAACUUCUGUGUUUGUGUGGAUGGGAGAGAAUGGUUGCUGUGUGUGUUAAUUCAGUGUUAAAGUCUUCACUUGUCUAACUGAACUCCUGAAUGUUUUUCCUUCACAUUGUAUCCAAAAAAACUAUUCUUGUAUUAAAAAUGGUCAGUCUGCCACAAA